UUUGAUAAUACAUAAAUUUAAAACUACAGAUAAAAACAAAUUAAGUAAUAAUAUGUUAACUAGAGUAUAAAUUAUAGUUUAUAUACUCUUUUUCUCUACUCAACUUUGUAGUAAAUAGCUGCCAGCGCCUACUGCCUGCGCCCUGCGGACUGCCUUAAAAUUAAAUUUGCAAGUUGAGUUUCAAAUUUCAAUUAACUAUUUUUAUUUACGUAUUUAAAUGGUAGAAGAGAAUUCUAACCUUUACAAUGUCUAGUAUAUCUAAAAGAAGAAAAGAAGGGUCAAGAGGCAAUAUAAAGAGCAUGGGAGACCACCAGGAAUUUUUGAAAAGGAUAUCUAAGACCUUAUACUAUGGGCAGUUACCCACUCUAUCCAGCUUGAGCCUUCCAGUCACAGAAAUAUCAUGUGAGGUGUGGUCAAUGGCACAAAGAGGACACUCUGUUCGGCGGCUGCACGCAGACCAGGCAGCAAGCAUUGCUCGUUCUGCCUGUGUUUCACCGUGUGCACUUGUUCUUGCAAUCCUGUAUUUAGAGCGACUUAAACUUUGUAAUCCUGACUACUUAACUGCAACUUCUCCGGCUGAUCUCUUUCUAGUCUCUUUGAUGGUUAGUAACAAGUUUCUCCAAGACGAUGGUGAAGAUGAUGAAGUGAUAUGUUCAGAAUGGGCUGCCUCAGGAGGGCUUGACCUUCAUCAACUGAACAAACUUGAGGCAGACUUUCUGAAUGCUAUUGAAUGGAAUUUAUACAUUAAUGAAAAAACAUUUGAAAGUGGACUUUUAUGGCUCGAGAGACAAGUGGCAAUGAAGCAGGCUUUGAUGAGAGGGUUUUUUACAUAUACUGAUCUUGCAGUUACAUGCAACAAAACUUUGAUGAGUGAGCUGAUGAAGUCAGUCGGCUGUGCCUGCUUUACUCUUACCUUUAGUUAUUUGAGCAGUUUUAUAACUUUAGUCACUUCAACUUUGGUCGUAUCAAAUGUUUGGCUUCCAACUCUAGAAUCUGUCGUGGCCAGAGGAAGCAUUGCAACCGAUAUUUCGUCCCACUCGAUAUCUUCUACCGACAUGUAUUUACAACCGGAACUUUUUAAUACUACUUUAGCACAAAUUGCUGAAAUUAUUGUUGAGGAAAAUGUUAAUUCACAAUUUAUAAAGUGUUGUGUGAACUGGCAAAAGUAUCAAGAUAAAAGGGAAACCAAGAAGAAUUGGUAUUGGGGUGUUGUUGCAUAUGAUUUUAAAACAUUUCAAACAUGGUGGUCUAAAACAUCUGUUUUGAAUUGGCUGUAUCAAAGUUCCUUUAUUAAUCCUAUACAAAGGUGGUUAGAGAAUAUAAAUAAAUAUGCAGAUUUUAUACAAGACAACCUAGAGAGCGAGAAUAAAUCGAGGAAACAAUGUAAAGAUACUUUUAUGAAGGUUAGUGAAAAGGGGUACUGCUUCCAAGAACGUCUCAACUAUAGCAAACUUAAUAUUUUUACAACAUCCAUGUCCGACCGAUAAAAUAUUUCUUUUUCAUUAUUUUAAUGUCUAAUUGGUUGGUGGCCACAAUUUCAACUUACAAAAUAAAUCGAAUACGACUUUAA